AUGGACAAGUUCGAUUCAUCAUUAGACUUAUUAAGAAGGUUGAAUCCUGACAAAAUCAGUGAAAAUUUGAACGAUCUUUGUACCAUUUUACAAAAUGAUGAUGAAAUUGAAUUAACUCAAGAUUUAUUAUCAUCAAUUGACACUCCUUUAAAAUUAAUCAAGGACUCCAGUAACAAUAAAGAAUUCUUAUGUUGUGAUUAUAAUAGAGAUGGUGAUAACUACAGAUCCCCUUGGACGAAUAAAUAUUUCCCUGAAAAUGAAGUCGAUGACGAAACUCCGUUCCCUUCAUCAACUUUGAGGAAAUUGGAGAUCAAGGCUAACGAGAGUUUCGAUAUUUAUAGGGAUUUAUAUUACGAAAAUUCCGGAGUUUCUUCAGUUUAUUUGUGGGAUACUGAAGAUGAUGAAACUUUAGAUGGAUUUGCAGGUGUGGUUUUAUUCAAAAAAGAAAUCGACGGAGGUGAAGGUAAAUGGGACUCAAUUCAUGUUUUUGAAGUGAUCAAAUCCGGCUCCAACUACAACUACAAAUUAACUACUUCAGUGAUAUUAAAUUUAAGCAACAAAAAAUUGUCAUGCUCUGGAAAUUUAACCAGACAAUUCGAAUCCACUAAAAAGUUCACCAAUGAUACUAAUUUAGAAACCUUCCAUUUAAUCAAUUUAGGACAAUUGAUUGAAAAUUCAGAAUACAAUAUCAGAAACUUAUUACAAGAAGUGUACUUUGAUAAAUUGAAGGAUAUCAUCUUGAAAGAUUUAAGAAAUUAUGGUAAUGAUUCAAAUGAGUUAAAUGAAAAACAACAAGAAUUAAUCAAAGGUUUACAAGGUUUAUAG